AUGCCUCGUUCACCUUCUGGUUCUCGCGGCAGGACUGAUGCUGUCGCAGCUGGCGACGAACUCAAUUUGCCCCCACCGGACAUGGCGGCUGUGCGGGAGCUCAUUGAAAAGGCGAAGGCGAGGGCGCGGACAAUCGCCACACAGGGGAAGACCGAAAAGGGAGGGAGUAAGUCUGCUGGUUAUUCUCGGGACGCGUCAUGGUCUAAUACCAAUUCGCUGAACGAAAAGUGUGGUCUCAGCUCUCCACGUUUGGUGGACUUUGUAUGGGCUUUUGUUGCAACCUUCAUUACGGUGUACUUGACUGUGGGAGGGUACUUGCUGUACCGCCGGACUGUAGAGAAUGCUCGAGGCCUUGUGUAG